CGCGACUCCGGAAUUGACGCGUCACACGUGUAUGUUAUGGUGCUGUAGAAGUACAGCUUACUACAUGUAGCAUUUAGCUUUUUCACUGGUGUUUGCGUUGUCAUAAAGUAUCAAGUCAUGGUUGUGAAGAAGAAAGUACCUAAAGUGCAGGCGGUGGUCUUGGAUGAUGCCAAGUUGAAGAGUCUGAUGGAGUGUCUAUCUGUUGUGGGGGAUAGUGCAGCCACACAGCUUGCCCAGGUUCUUAAAGACAGUCUAUCCUCCUCUGAGCCGGUAGAGCAGAUCCAGCUCAUCUCUAAGGCAGGAUCUAUGCUGGAGCAGUUGCAAGAGGACGAGUCUCCUUCAGGUCCUUUACUAGAGGCCUGCUUGAACACAUUAGCCGUCUUAUUCACCACGCUGCCAGCCAAAAAUCCACUGAAGAGAGCCGUGGCAAGUGCAAUAGCUGGCAGCCCGGACCGGCUCCAGCAGCAGGCGAUUGAGUGUCUUUCUGAGCGUCUGUCUUUCUCUCUCUGCUCCGUGAGCACAGAUGACUAUCCUCACCUAACAGAUUGCAUCACUUCCUGUCUGGAUGGCUCCCCCAUUGGCGAGAAAUGCAUUCAUCGUUUACUGACCGAAGUUCUCCAGUUUCUUCAGAAAGUUUUAAGCUAUUAUGUGGAGCAGAACAGUUGUCUAGCCGGUCGUCACGUGGCUCAAGCUCGGUUGAUGCAGUCCUGUCUGGCGGUGGUGAAGACCUCCAUGCUGGUGGUCCAGAGAUCUCAUGAGCCUGUUACUGCUGCACUUCUUUCUGCGUCAAACCAAUGCGAUCUGCAACAAGCCCUCAGUGCAUUACUGAAAUGCUAUACAUAUAUAUUGACUGACGAGGAGUUUGUUCAGACAGUCCAGAGCACUGCUGGAAUGGCUCUGAUUCUGCUCAUCAGAACUGUAAUGGGGAAUGGAGAUGAUGUACCCAUCACAGUUGCUGGUCUCUUGCAUGGUACUUUAGAGUCAGACAGCACUGCCCCCCAGUGGUUGAAUCAGAGCUGUGCUGGGCUGUAUGAGAGCAGCAGGCCUGCAGCUGUGGCUCUGUAUCUGAGUCAUGGAGCUCUGGCCAUGAUCGGCUGGAGAGGAAAGACCCUCGGUCCACAGGCAGAGAAACUGCUGCUAUUGAUACCUGAAGUGCUUCUGUCUCUGGAUACAAGAGUAAAGGAGUCAAGCACGGCGAUGGUCGUGGCUCGAGUUCUGACUCUUUGGAGCAGUGCCGCGGUCGACUGCGUCCAGACGGACACGUGUCCCCCACUUCUUCGCCUCUCUCUCGUCGGAGGCUCUCCUCUCACCACACGUCUCCACCACCACGUCUACUCCCACUGGGAGCACCCGCUGGACGGUGUCCGUCACCAGACCCGCUCUCUCUUCCAGAACCUGCUCCUGCUCCACCAGCACUGCAGCGAGCACAGAUCCCAACCCAGCAGCGACCCGUACAUCACUCAGCUCACCCGGGACCUUCUAGCGCUGGAGUGGCAUAUGAAAGGGAAGUACGGCACGCUGGCCUGCCUGGUGGAGCAUUUAGGGGCGGAGCAUCUUUUAAAUCUGGAUGCUGGUCUUCCAUCCAGGCUGCUGGGUUUGAUGGGAGAUCAGACGUUGGCGCCGUACGCCAGCGAUCUGCUGGAGAAGCUGUUUGUGAGUCAUAAAGCACAGCUGUGUGCCCGUUGUAAGGAUGGGCGUGAGUGGAUAGAUGGCUGGCAUGAGGUUUGGGUCACGCCGCUGUUGCAGCUGCUGUGCACAGCCCGUCUGGAUCAAACCACAUACAUACUGGACUACUUCCUGCCUAAGCUGUUACGCUGCAAUCCCUCCAGUCUUAGUCACAUGGUACAGGCCUUGCAGGAGAUGCCGUCCUAUACAGAUGGAGCGUCUUGUAGCAGAGGUGCGCUUGGAGCUCUGAUGACAUGUCUGCGCGCCGCCAGAGCUCAAGGUGUUCUCAAGGCUCUAGAGGAGGAAUUAUGGGAUGGCCUGGUGCCCCUUUCACUAAUGCGACAGGCGCUGGUGCACAAACACGAUCAGGUGCGAAUGGAUGCGCUCGGUUUGGUAUGCGAGAGCCAUCGCAGCACAGAAACUCUCUCCAGGCAGGAAUUGGACCUCAUUCGCCACUUCCUGCCUUUUAAUCUGAACAGCCAAUCACCAGGGGUUAGGCAGCAGAUGGUCAGUCUGUUAAAGAAGCUCUUGUGUCGGGCGAAGGACGGUGCUCAGCUGCUAAACAAGAGACUGGACCAGCAUCCAAAUGACCAAGAUCAAGAAAUCCUUCACAUGUAUCAGGAGUUCCUGCGUUGGUUCUGCGAGUCCCUGUUUCAGGUGCUUCAUCCCGGAGCCUCAUUCUCCAGAUGUCUUAUGGCUCUACACCUGCUGAGUCUGAUAGCUGAACAUUUCACCUUUAACACAGGCCCUGUUGGUUUUGCUCUUGGAGAUUCAGUGAGUGCUUCUGAUGCUCAAGCUGUGCUGCACUGUAUCGCCAGCAACUUCCUGGAAGUGAAGCAACUCGCCUGCAACCUCUUACAAAAACUGCCUCCUACAGUUGUUCAGCUUCAGGAGCCUGAGAUGUUGCAGUGUUUGCUGCGGGCCGCUCUGGACCUCAGCACCAGCACCAAACCCUUUGACAGUGUUACUGCGGCUCAUCUCUUUAACCUACUGCUCCACCAACAGGACCUGCAGGACGCAUUACUCAUCUGUAUCCAGAAUCAACUCCAGCCAUCAGCACUAAACCAGUCCCAGGCCUCUGAGGCCUCUGUACUGGAGCAGAACAUGAUGGCAGUGGUGCAGUGUUUAAUGGGCUGUCUGAAGGAAGAGAUCGUAAAGGCUGAGUCGUCUCUUCUUAAGGCUGCUGCUUCAAGUCCUUUAUAUGGAAGAGCUCACUGUAUCACUGCAGUCUUACAACAGCUCAACACCCGAUCACUUGUGCUGCUGUCUCAGUGGACGGCUGUGGUCUCCGAGCUCAUAGGUCUCUGCUACAGGAUGUCUGAUGUUGUAUCACCUGUGGUUCAGAGCUCCUCUCCUGAAGGCCUUAUUCCUAUGGAUACAGAUUCGGAGACCUCUGCUGGCCUACAUAAGAUCUUGCAGGAGAUUCAACCUCGUGACACUAAUGAUUUCUUCAGCAAUGCUAGAGAGCUGGAGUCCAGUGAGACCGAGCACAAACACUUUAAACCACAAGCCAACAUCAAUGAUGAUGAUGGAGAGGCCUAUCGGGUCACCGCUCAGAUGGUGUUGGUGUGUUGCUGGAGGACCAUGAAAGAGGUGUCCAUGUUACUGGGUCAUCUUUGUCAGAGCAUGCCACUGUGUUCCUCUCACACACCAGCUGGAGUCAUCACACAAGAACAGGUGGAGGCUGUGGGGAUGUAUUUUCGGGAGCAGCUUCUGCAGUCUCGUCACAGGGGGGCCUUCGAGCUUGCUUACGUGGGCUUUGUUCGUCUCACCGAGAUGCUUUGCAGGAGUGGGAGUGCGACGCUCCAGCAGCUCCCAGCACACUGGCUGAAGGAGGUCCUCGAGGAGGUGAAAUCCAGUGACCCCUCCUCUAAACUCUGUGCCACCCGCCGCAGUGCAGGAAUACCUUUCUACAUUCAGGCCCUGCUGUCCUCUGAGCCAAAGUCUUCCAGCUGUAGUCUGCUGAAGAUGACCAUGAGAUGUCUGACAGCAUUGGCCAUGCCCUCGGAUGAUGGAUCUACUGACAUCAGUACUGUGCCACAGGUCCACGCUCUGAACAUCCUGAGGGCUCUGUUUCGAGAUACGCGUCUGGGAGAGAACAUUGUGCCGUUCGUGGCAGAAGGCAUGCAGGCCGCUGUUCUGGGCUUCACCUCACCUGUGUGGGCUGUGAGGAACUCCUCGACUCUACUCUUCAGCACUCUCAUCACACGGAUAUUCGGAGUGAAAAAAGGAAAAGAUGAGCAUUCUAAAAAGAACAGAAUGACAGGCCGAGAGUUUUUCACUCGAUUCCCUGCGCUCUAUCCCUUCCUCCUCAGUCAACUACAGGAAGCCGCAGCAUCAGUAAACAGUGAUUCAGGGCAGGUGAAGCUGCACCCCAGUCUGUUCUUGUUAUUGUUGGUUUUGGGUCGUCUCUACCCAUCCCCUAUGGAUGGCUCGUCUUCCCCUCUGGGCCUAGCUCCUUUUAUGCCCUUAAUUAUUAGGUGCGGCCGCUCGGCUGUUUACCGCACACGUGAAAUGGCUGCGAGAGCUGUGGUUCCUUUUGUUCUGGUGACCCAGGUUCCUUCCACCAUCAAGACUCUACUGGAGGACCUGCCUCAAGAACCUGGACCAGGAAUCCAACAGAACCACAUCCACGGGACACUGUUGCAGGCGCCUCUUAUGAUUGAUUUCAAUCUCAGCGUGUAUUGUUUGGACAAACAGGUGCUGUCUCUGAUUCGUUCCUACCUGACGGACACACACAGACCCCAGUCAGGAAACCCGCAGGACUGUGACAUCUCCCAUGUCCUGUUUCCACGUCUUUGGCUCGCCACAAGAAGGAACCCAUGUCUGGUGACACGUGGUGCUUUCUUAGACCUGCUGGGCUGUCUUUGUGGCUGUCUUCCUGUUUCUAUAUCAGAUUCUCAGCUGAAGAAACUGCGUGAAGAAACGCUGAACAUCCUGAUGGCCUCUGAACUUGUGGCCCCCGAAGGGUCCAAUGAGAUAAACCCAGCAGUUCCUGGAGUCACGCAGUACCUGCAGAGUCUGGCACGUAUAGCUAUCAGCAUCUGUGUGGAAUCACCUCAUCUGUGGCAAUGUCUGGAGUCUGACAGGAUUCAGAAAGACCUCCUGAUCCAUCUUCUGCAGUGCCAACACUAUGAGAUUCGACUGUUUGCUCUGGAACAGCUCCUCAAGAGACUUCAGACGACGCAGGAAGAGUCUCAAUGUGGUCGUGAGGGUCCCUUACACUUUGAGCUGUGCGUGUCCAACCUAACCUGUCUGGCCCUGCAUGAGACGCAUCCUGGGUGUCAAGCCAAGGUUUUGCAGAUUCUCGCUGUACUUCCUUUGUCUUCUGUCUUGCCCUGGAGAGAUGGUUUGAGUUCUCUCAGCUGUCAGGAGGCUUUAGAGCAUCUCCUCACACUGACUGAGACGUCCACACACAGUGUGGAGCUCUACUGUGCGUCUCUCUGUCUGACGUCUCGGCUGGUUGUGCACCUGGUUAAAUCAACGGCUCAGGAGCUCAGCGGAGCUGCAGUGUCCUGCUUCAGUCGAUGGGGGGCGCUGGUCGUGCAGGGCUGCAGUGAACUGCAACCUCUAGAGGUCAAACUGAUGUCAGCUGAGGUUCUGGUGAAGGCCGUCCACACCUUACUGACAGCACCAGCAUUGCCUCUGGGUAUCACACACACGGUGGCGUUAUGGAAGAGUCUGUUUACGUUAUUACAGGAUGAAGAUCAGGACGUGAGGGACAGGGCUGCUGAAUUCACAUGCUACAUCCCGGCGCACUUGCACAACACGGCUGUUGCCACGGGUGCUGUCUGUCCUCCUGUUGCCCUGGAGACGGGGGUGGCUCUUUUGUGCCAGCUCUUCCAGAUGUGGGAACAGGUCGCUGCUGGCAUUGUAAACUUGACAGAAUGGCUACUAGGGGAUGAACAACUGGAUACAAGUUGCGUGGAGUUGCCAGACCUGGAUGAAGAGUUUCUCUUUGAGAAAGGAGAUCUUAACCUGUGGGCGGAGCCUAUGUUAUGGGCACGGAUGUUGCAUGGACACCUUUGUGACCUUCUAAGUGUGCCACACACACCUGGCGUGAGCCCCGAGGACCCGGACCGAUUAUCAGCCGUGGCAAAAAGCAACGCCCUGACUGCUGAACAAGCGAUGAAAACCCUCCCUGCGUUCCCUCAGUUUUCCGCCACCAUCGAGUAUGGCAAGAUAAUGCUGCUGAAAGAGAGAAGCUCACUAGCUCAAAGUGUUCUUGAUACUCUGAGGCAAGCGGACACGUCGUAGAUGCUUUGUAACAUAUGUAGGAAUUUAAGCAUAUGAUUAUGCAGUUUUAAUUUCGUGAUAUUUUUUUUACACAAAAUAAAGUGUUUUUAAUAAAUUUCCCUCACUUUGGACUUUCUUG